AUGACUAGUUCAGAUGGAAAAACAUGGUGCAUAGCUUCAAAUAAGUCUUCUGAAAUGGAGUUGCAGAAUGCCUUGGACUGGGCUUGUGGUCCUGGGAAUGUGGACUGCACUGCUAUUCAGCCUAGCCAGCCUUGUUUUGAGCCAGAUAGUCUAGUCCCACAUGCAUCUUAUGCUUUCAAUAGUUUCUACCAGCAAAAUGGAGCUACUUCUGCUGCUUGCGAUUUUGGGGGACGGGCAUUGAAGUUGAUAAAGACCCAAGGUAGUCUUCCACCCAUGCAAUUAGCAGCCAUGGUUGCUCAAACCAAUAUCAUUCCUGAGGAUGAACCAUGGUAUGCUGACAGUGGAUCAAAUAAUCACAUCACAACUUCUCUAAACAACAUCUCACUGCAACAACCUUAUGCAGGCAAUGAUAAUGUUAUUGUUGGUAAUGGGUCAGAUUUAACCAUUGCUCAUACUACCUCCUCUCUUAUUCAAACUCCUUCCUCCCAAUUGCAUCUUAAUAAUGUUCUUCACUGUCCUUCUGCCUUUGCAAUUUACUCUCUGUUCAGAGAUUUUGUUCCGAUAAUGACUGUCAUUUUAUCUUAA